AUGAAAUCCAAAUCAGAAACCUCUUCGCCUUCUAAUCCUGCUCAAAUAAUCGACAAUGCGACGAUUACUCUCUCCUUCAUCAAGACCCGCCUCUUCAGCAACCUAAAUUCACUCGCUCCGCCCCAUUCCCCCGACGCCCUCGGAGUCUGCCUAAUACCUCUUCCCCUGACCCAACAAUGUAUUUUCACUGACCUUUACACCCCCCAACCCACUGAGCCGAAAAUUGUUGACACUUUGGCGGAAAUUUUCGACACGAACGACGGUCAUUAUUCCAGUGGAUUUGAACAUUUUGUAACCUGCUGUUUUGUUUCUGUAACACGCAUUAAAGGCAGAAGCACCUUCCAUCCCACUACAUCCCACUCUUUCCCUUUCUUGGGCUCGUCACUUUACUGUUGCCUCUCUUUCAUUUUUACGUCUUUCUUUUCAGUAUUGUUUGUCUCCCUCACCGACAUUUUGUUUUUCCUUUACUCUUAUUUUUUUACACUCUUUUACACUUUUCAUUCUUUUCUUCUCUAUAUGUUUCUCACGCGCACCUUCUUCCUUUCUUGUCGCAUAUUUUCAUUCUUUUUUUCAUUGUCGUUUUCAUUGUCCACUUUUCUUUUCUUCAUUUUUCAUCUUUUACGCUUAUCUUUAUUUGCUUUUCUCUUUCUUUUUCCAUUUUCUGUCUCUCUUUUUCAAUUGUUUUUUCUUUCUUUUGUUUCCAUUGUCUUCCUUUCUUUUCCCACUUAUCCUUUUUUCUUUUCUAUCUUUCUUUCCUCAAUUAUUUUUCAUUUUCUAUUCUUUCUUUCUCUCUUGCCUUUAAAUUUCUUUUUUUUUCCUCCAUCGUCUUUCUUUUACUUUUCAUUUUCUUUCUUUUUUAUCUGCCUUCAUUUUAAUUUUUUUUUAUUGUCUUUCUUUUUCAGUUCAUUUUCUUCUUCUUUAUCUUUCCCCUUUCUUUGCUUUCAUAUCCAUCUUCCCUUUCCAUCUUACCUUUAA